CGCAUUCAACCAUGCGUACAUAAAGAACGUCAUUUCUCAACGCAAAACCAACGCAAGAAUGGCUCAAGCCUCAAGAUUGAACAUCGCCAGUGGCAUUGUCGCACUUAUUGUCUUCAUAGUAAAGUUAAUCUUGAAUUAUUUGAGCGGAGCUGGUAAAGAUCCAUUUCCAAGGAGCAAUCGUAACGUCUCCGAGAUAUUUUAUCUUGAAAUCACACCUGCUGGUUGGGCUUUCUCAAUCUGGGGUAUCAUAUACACACUAAAUGGUGCAUACAUUAUCCAUGCCUUGUCAACGUUGUUUCGCGAUUUUCCUGCCAUCUACACCACGAAAUUCUUUCUCUUUUGUAUCUUGAGCGAUGCAUUUAACAUUGCUUGGUUGUUCUUCUUUGCAUACCUAAAAGUAUGGUUGAGUUGUGCUGCGAUUAUCUUGUACUCACUCGGAUUAUAUGCAGUACUAACCGUCGUUUAUGUCAACUAUCAAUCGCAUAAAAAAGAAAUCGAAGUACGAUUCAGUAAAGAUGCUUGGGCCAUUCGCAUUCUUGCAGAAAAUGGAGCAAUGAUGAAUGCAACUUGGGUAACUAUUGCGUCAUUAUUGAACGUUGCUAUUGUAAUGCAUUAUAAAUGCAACGUAGAUUUAUCAUUGUCGUGCAAUAUUGUUCUUGCGAUUUUAUUGGUGGAGUUGCUGAUUUGGUUUUCUGUGGAGAACUUCAGCAAGUUGCAGAGCGUCUUGAACUUCACCUACACCGACUGGCCUGUAGUACUGUGGGCACUAACAGCUAGUCUUGUGAAAAAUUUUGACAGUUCUCUAACAAGUUCAAAGUUUUCUCUUGCAUUGCUCAUAAUUACAGCUGUCGCAUUUGUUGUACGUAUUUCAUUGCAGAUUUAUCGCAACCGUAAACGAUCGUACACCUCAAUGUAAAUCCUAAAUUUGAUAUAAACUUUUUGACAAAUGAAAAUUUGACAAAAGAAAAUUUGAUACAUGAAAAUCUUUGCUCUCGUAUUAACUGAUGAUGUAUGACUUGAACAACAUGAUUAAAAGUGAGACCGCUGAUUAAUAUCAUUGCAUAUGUAUGUAGAAAUAUCAUAAAAAAUUAUAGUAUAUAUAACCAGAUGUAUGACACCUUGUAAUAAAUAAACAUUCAAUGUUCA